AGAUAAAAACAACAAAAAUACAUCAAAAGUCUUUAAUGUAAACCAAGAAUUCAGUCAUCUCCUGUAUGACAGAUUGGAUCUGAGAUGUGUUUUGAGUUGGUCAUAGUGAAGGAUGCAAGAUGUCAAUUCUAGUCGGAACAAUUUCCAGGAAGCCAUGUUCCGCUCUUGACCAAACAGCCACUGGGCCUCAUGCGAGGUAGAAAUAGCCUGCAUACGUCAUCCUCCCAUGAUGUGGUCAGCAGGUAAAGUGCAUGAGCCCCUCACAACAUCCUGUGCGCUGCUGAACUGAGCUGGGGCGCAGCUGCCUGUCUGCACAGGCAGCACCAUGUCGCUCAUGGUCGUCAGCAUGUUGUGGGUUGGGUUCUUCUUCCUGCAGGGGGCCUGGCCACAUGUGGGUGGUCAGGACAAGCCCUUCCUCUCUGCCUGGCCCAGCACUGUGGUGUCUCAAGGAGAACACGUAGCUCUUCAGUGUCACUGUCGUCUUGGGUUUAACAAAUUCAGUCUGUCCAAGGAAGACGGGAUGCCUGUCCCUGAGCUCUACAACAGAGUAUUCUGGAAGAGCUUCCUCAUGGGCCCUGUGACCCCAGCACACGCAGGGACCUACAGAUGUCGGGGUUUUCACCCACACUCCCCCACUAGGUGUUCGGCACCCAGCAACCCCGUGGUGAUCAUGGUCACAGGAGUCCACAGAAAACCUUCUCUCCUGGCCCACCCAGGUCCCCUGGUGAAAUCAGGAGAGAUGGUCAUCCUGCAAUGUUGGUCAGAUACCAGGUUUGAGCGCUUCCUUCUGCACAGAGAGGGGAUUACUGAGGACCCCUUGCGCCUUGUUGGAGAGCUCCACGAUGUGGGUUCCCAGGCCAACUAUUCCAUGGGUCCCAUGACACCUGCCCUUGCAGGGACCUACAGGUGCUUUGGUUCUGUCACUCACUUACCCUAUGAGUUGUCAGCUCCCAGUGACCCUCUGGACAUCGUGAUCAUAGGUCUAUAUGAGAAACCUUCUCUCUCAGCCCAGCCAGGCCCCACGGUUCAGGCAGGAGAGAAUGUGACCUUGUCCUGCAGCUCCCGAAUCUCCUAUGACAUGUACCAUCUAUCCAGGGAGGGGGAGGCCCGUGAACUUAGGCUCCCUGCAGUGCCGAGGGUCAAGGCAACAUUCCAGGCUGACUUCCCUCUGGGCCCUGUGAUCCACGGAGGGAACUACAGAUGCUUUGGCUCUUUCCGUGCCCUGCCCCACGCGUGGUCACACCCGAGUGACCCACUGCCCGUUUCUGUCACAGGUGAGAAAACACCCUGCUUGUCCCAUAAGACAAAGCCUGGGUGUAAGGGUAACUCCAGACAACUGCACGUUCUGAUUGGGACCUCAGUGGUCAUCGUCCCCUUUGCUAUCCUCCUCUUCUUUCUCCUUCAUCGCUGGUGCUCCAACAAAAAGAAUGCUGCUGUAAUGGACCAAGAGCCUGCGGGGCACAGAACAGGGAACAGGGAGGACUCUGAUGAUCAAGACCCUCAGGAGGUGACAUACGCACAGUUGGAUCACCGCGUUUUCACACAGAGAAAAAUCACUCGCCCUUCUCAGAGGCCCAAGGCACCCCCAACAGAUACCAUCGUGUACACAGAACUUCCAGAUGCUGAGCCCAGAUCCAAAGUUGUCUCCUGCCCACGAGCAGCACAGUCAGCCUUGAGGGGGUCCUCUAGGGAGACAACAGCCCUGUCUCAAACCCGGCUUGCCAGCUCCCAUGUACCAGCAGCUGGAAUCUGAAGGCAUCAGUCUUCAUCUUAGGGCAUUGCUCUUCCUCACACCACGAAUCUGAAUAUGCCUCUCUCUUGCUUACAAAUGUCUAAGGUCCCCACUGCCUGCUGCAGAGAAAACACACUCCUUUGCUUAGCCCACAAUUCUCCAUUUCACUGGACCCCUGCCCACCUCUCCAACCUAACUGGCUUACUUCCUAGUCUCCUUGAGGCUGCGAUCACACUGAGGAACUCACAAUUCCAAACACACAAGAGGCUCCCUCUUAACACGGCACAGACACGUGCUGUUCCACCUUCCCUCAUGCUGUUCCACCUCCCCUCAGACUAUCUUUCAGCCUCUGUCAGCAGUAAAACUUACAAAUUUUUUGAAAUAAUUUCAAUGUAGUUUUCCCUCCUUCAAAUAAACAUGUCUGCCCUCA